GAGAAAAAGGGGGAGGAGCUCCGGGCCUGCGCCCCACGGCCUUCUCAUCCCCCUCUUGAUUCUAGAGGCCUCAUGGCCGCGGCUUCCGCCGCCUCCUCGGGGCACGGGGCCCGGAGCCUGCUGCGGUUCCUGCGGCUCGUGGGGCAUCUCAAGAGGGUUCCACGGACUGGCUGGGUAUACAGAAAAGUAGAGAAUCCAGAGAGUGUGUCGGAUCACAUGUACAGGAUGGCAGUUAUGGCUCUGGUGACCAGGGAUGACCAUCUUAACAAAGACCGAUGUGUACGCCUAGCCCUGGUUCAUGAUAUGGCAGAGUGCAUCGUUGGGGACAUAGCUCCAGCAGAUAACAUCCCCAAAGAAGAAAAACACAGGCGAGAAGAGAAAGCUAUGACGCAGCUAACCCAGCUCCUACCAGAAGACCUCAAGAAGGAGCUCUAUGAACUUUGGGAGGAGUAUGAGACCCAAUCUAGUGCAGAAGCCAGGUUUGUGAAGCAGCUGGACCAGUGUGAGAUGAUUCUGCAGGCAUCCGAAUAUGAAGACCUUGAGAACAAACCAGGCAGACUGCAAGAGUUCUUCAGUUCCACAGCAGGGAAGUUCAGCCACCCUGAAAUAGUCGAGCUUGUUUCUGAACUUGAGGCAGAAAGAAAUGCUAAAAGAGCUGCAGCCUCCAGUGAGCCAUGCUCCUGAGAUGGCCCCAAGUCAUGGUGCUCCUGGGACAGACAUUUUCUUCUUCUGCUUUAUGGCAUCGUGUUUUGCCCCUAUGGGUCUGUUGAUUUCCCAGAUGUGUGUCUGUUUAUCUUCAGUUGUCUGAAGUGCAGCAAGAAGCGUGAUGUAAUUUGAGCAAAGAAGCUACAGAAUGGGGGGUGGUGAUUAAGGUGCCACCGAUGAAGACGGGGGUGGUGGGGAGGCACCUUUUCUAUGAAC